GAACUGAGGACUCUGGCUGGUCAGCUGUUCACACACAUUCAGUACAGGACCUGGAGUAAGAGGACAGCUCCACACACACACAAUGUCGAAAGACAAGAUCACUGGAACCCUGGCUUUCACUGUCUUCACUGCCGUGCUGAGUUCCUUCCAGUUUGGAUAUGACAUUGGUGUGAUCAAUGCACCUCAGGAGGUAAUAAUAUCCCAUUAUCGACAUGUUUUGGGUGUUGAAGUGGACGACCGAAGAGCUACCAGUAAUGAUGCUGUCAAUGGCACUGACCCACCGUUCAUAGUCACGCCAGCAUAUGCUACACCAACCGCCUGGGUGGAAGAAGAGACUGCAGGAUCUGCUCACAUAAUCACUAUGCUCUGGUCUCUGUCUGUGUCCAGCUUCGCAGUGGGCGGAAUGGUCGCCUCAUUCUUUGGUGGGUGGCUAGGGGACAAGCUUGGAAGGAUCAAAGCCAUGCUGGCAGCAAACAGUCUGUCAUUGACUGGAGCCCUCUUGAUGGGGUGCUCCAAACUCGGACCAUCACACAUCCUCAUCAUUGCCGGAAGAAGCAUAUCAGGACUGUACUGUGGGCUAAUUUCAGGACUGGUUCCAAUGUACAUUGGUGAAAUCGCUCCAACCACGCUCAGGGGUGCCCUGGGCACUCUUCACCAACUGGCCCUUGUCACAGGCAUUCUUAUUAGUCAGAUUGCUGGCCUCAGCUUUAUUCUGGGCAAUCAGGAUCACUGGCACAUCCUACUUGGCCUCUCUGCUGUACCAGCUCUCCUGCAGUGUCUGCUACUCCUCUUCUGUCCAGAGAGCCCCAGAUACCUUUAUAUAAAGUUGGAAGAGGAAGUCAAAGCGAAGAAAAGCUUGAAGAGGCUAAGAGGAACUGAGGAUGUCAGCAAAGAUAUUAACGAGAUGAAAAGAGAAAAAGAGGAAGCAUCGACUGAGCAAAAAGUCUCCGUGAUGCAGCUCUUCACAGACUCCGGUUACCGGCAGCCCAUCCUCGUGGCGCUCAUGCUGCACGCCGCCCAGCAGUUCUCCGGAAUCAACGGGAUAUUUUACUAUUCAACCAGCAUUUUUCAGACGGCUGGAAUCAGCCAACCUGUGUACGCGACCAUUGGCGUCGGUGCCAUCAACAUGAUCUUCACUGCCGUUUCUGUGCUGCUUGUGGAGAAGGCAGGGCGCCGCUCCCUGUUCCUAGCUGGGAUGAUUGGCAUGUUUUUCUGCACCAUCUUCAUGUCGGUGGGACUCGUGCUGCUGGAUAAAUUCUCCUGGAUGAGUUACGUCAGCAUGACAGCCAUCUUCCUCUUUGUCAGUUUCUUUGAGAUCGGGCCGGGUCCAAUCCCUUGGUUCAUGGUUGCUGAAUUUUUCAGCCAAGGACCCCGUCCCACCGCUCUGGCACUGGCUGCCUUCAGCAACUGGUUCUGCAAUUUCAUCAUCGCCCUCUGCUUCCAGUACAUUGCGGACUUCUGCGGGCCUUACGUGUUCUUCCUCUUUGCUGGCGUGGUCCUGGCCUUCACUCUGUUUACGUUUUUUAAAGUUCCAGAAACCAAAGGAAAGUCUUUUGAGGAAAUCGCUGCAGAAUUCCGGAAGAAGAGCGGUUCGGCUCCCCCACGCAAAGCUGCUGUACAAAUGGAAUUCCUGGGGGCUUCCGAGACAGCGUGAGGAUCACCUGCCUAAACCCCCAGGAACGGACGAGAAGGGAACCACGUGUUCCCUCUUAACCGAUUCUUCACAACUGUACAUCUAAACCCAAGAGUAUUGUUUCGUUCCUUUUGAAGAAUGUGUACAGACUCUGAUUAGAAAUGUCGAAUAUUACCAAAGAAAGUAUUUUUUUUUUAACUUAGAGAAUCUAUUUUUGAUGGUAAAACUACUAAUUAAGUAAACUAAAGAGGCUGUUAUUUUGCUACAAGGGAAGUUCAUUCUCUUCAACUGAAAUUGAGGUACUUUUGACGUAUCGUUGUUUUUUAAAGCAUGUGACUAAGAAACCUAAAGCUACAACUGAUUAUAGAUAUAUACAUACAUACAUACAUACAUACAUACAUAUAUAUAUGUAUGUAUGUAUAUAUACAUUACAUGUUAAAUAUGUGUAUAUAUAUGUGUAUAUAUACAUACAUAUAUAUGUAUAUAUAUACAUAUAUAUAUAUAUGUAUGUAUGUAUGUAUGUAUGUAUGUAUAUAUACAUUACAUGUUAAAUUGGCCUUUUCUUCUCCACAGACCCAGUGCUAAAGGACAUAUGGCUGGUCUCAUCAAGGCUCACAUUCAAACUGACUUUUCUGUCACCCUUCUUCAGUUUCUCUCACAUGUAAUUAAGAGUUUGUGUUUCGCCUCAAACUAUUUUCUGCAUUUUUUUUUUUUUACAUAGAACAGCUGGGUAGGUUAAACUAUAUUUGUGAUGGAAAAACUCGUUUUUGUAGAUUCCAAAAUCUUCCUAUGGUGACAGAAAAACAUUGUAGUUUCUUGGAUGUAUUUUGCAGGGUUAAACUCUCAGGGUUUUUUUUCCCCCAUCUGCAGAGCCUAGAUUAACAGGUAAUAUUAGUGUCUAAGCCACGUUAGCUCAGCUCUGCUUUGGUCCUUUCUGUUGCGCUUCACUUGUUUUUAAAUUGCCUGUAGCAUUUUUCUCUGAGGUGUUAUAAGACAUGUUCAAACCAUGAGGAGUCAGGCAUUUUGCAUAUUGCCUCCAAACUCUAACAACUUGGAUCAACCUCACAGGGAAAUCUGUAGUAAAGUAUUGAACUGUUAAAAAAAAAUGUUUAAAAGUUUUUUAAUUAUGGUUUCUCAAAAGAAGUUUGUUCUCAGACCUAAUAAAAACUCCUCUCCUCUUUAACUUCUCUGGACACAGCCACAGGGGUUCCCUGAUAUGUGACAGUCACCCCUUCACCUGUUUCUCUUUGUCUUUACCACGUGCAGGUCCUAUAUUAACACCCCUACUGCUGGCACUAGCAUCUGUUGUGUGUUACCAGUGUGUCCAGGGCAGUCUAACAACCUCGCCUGUGCAGGCAGAGUGGACAUACUGUCCCUAAUUACAGUUAAGUUCACAGGUCUGAUAGUUAGCAGGCAACUGAAAUGUCUUCAAGCUGUUUUCCCACAAAGUAGAGCAAAUCAAUCAUUUAUGGCUGGAUGAUGAUAGAUGGAUGGACAGACGGAUGGAUAGACAAAUGUGUGUUGAAGAAAAACACUUAAUUUUUCCUUUUGGGGAAGGGGUCAAGGUCUCAUGCGCCUAGGCUGGGCUCUUGAACUCCUUCCCCAACUUCUCAAGCGCAGGAUUCCAGAUAUGUGCUGCCAAACCCACCCAGGGAAAGGCGCCUUUAAAAAAAAAAAGUACUUCUGAGAUGUGAAAAAUCUCUCUGAACACCUGUGGGUUUUUUUUCCUUUUUCUCCUUUCUGUCCAUCCCUUCCUUCUUUCCUGCCUCCCUCCUUCUUUCCCUGCCCCUCUCUCUUUUUUUUAUUUUAUUUUUUUCUUAUCAGUUACAUUUUAUUAACUCUGUAUCCCAGCCAUGUCCCGAUUUCUCAUUCCCUCCCAGCCCCUCCCUCCCUCCCUCCCUCAUCUCCACCAUGCCCCUUGCCAAGUCCACUGAUAGGGGGGACCUCCUCCCCAUUCAUCUGAUCCUGUUUUAUCAGGUAUCUUCAGGACUGGCUGCAAAGCUCUCCUCUGUGGCCUAACAGGACUGCUCCUCCCUUGGGGGGUGGGGAGGCCAAAGAGCCAGUCAUUGAGUUCCUGUUAGAAAUAGUCCUUGUUCCCUUCACUAUCCUGCCCCUCUCUUAAACUCUGUUUAAGAGUUUAUGUAAACUGCUGUGAUCUGGAACUGUUAUGAAGUCAAGACUGGCCUCAAACUGGUGGUGAUCCCCCUCCUUCUGCCUCCAAGGUGUGGAACUACAGGCAUGUGCCACCAUGGUAUUUCCAGUAUUUGUUUGUUUUUUCUUGGUCAAACUUGUUCAGUCUAAACCAACAUGAAAUUAUUUCUGGGUUGUUUUUUUUUUUUAACAUUGAUUUUUUUUUCUCCUUUGGGAACAAUUUGGGGUUUGUUUGGGUUUUUUGUUUGUUUGUUUGUUGUUUGUUUUACUUAAAACUUCAGGAGUCAGUCAAAAGUAAGCUGAAGUAGUUCAGAGGAGUUUUUAUGCUAGGCUGUGGAUUCAGAAUAAAAAUGAAGAUCUCUGAGUAGGGCAGGGGCUCUUAUCCUCUACUACAGAAAGCUAACAGCCUCUGAGAAGCUCAAAGUUCCAAUACUUAAUACUUUUACAUGGAUGAAUGUGCUUGCUAUCAAAUCAUGGUCCCUGGCCCCAUUCUCUGAAAGAACAAAUUAGUAAAGUUAUCCAAAGGAACCCCAAAGAUCAGUUUAAGUUAUAACUACUUAUUUUAACUGACCCCAAACUCAAGGUAUUCCAAUCCUGUAGUUUUCUGUCUCAGAGAAAUGUAAUUAUCCUCCAUUGUCCUACUGGCUGAGAUCCCCCAUUCACCACUGAGCCUACCAAGAUCAAUAGAUGCUCAAGGCCUUAGAUAACAUGGGGCACCCUCCCUUCAUCCUAAAUCAUCCCUAAGUCACUUAAAAGACAACAGAAACACUAUGCAAACAGCCAUCAUGCCCUAUUGUUUUAGGGAAUAAUGCCAAGAAAAACAUGCAUGAAUACUCAUUGUAGAUGCAGUUUAAAACUCCACCUGAGGAUACAGAACCACCAGGAUCAAUGAGCACUUCUCUGCAUGUGCUGAGGCAAUCUUAAAGGGAAACAAAAAAGUAAACAAAGCGUUAUAUAGCGAUGACCAAUGUACUUGUUAACAUCAUCCUCAUCAUCAUCAUCAUCAUCAUCAUCAUCAUCAUCAUCAUCAUACUUAAACUAUUGGCCUUCAGUAGUAAAUAACAAAAAUGGCUCUACUGGCAUUAAUUUCCAGGAAAAUUAGAGGUGAGUCUGAACACUCAAUUUCUAGGUAUCAUUUUUGUAGCAAUAUCUUCAGACAAAUGUGAUUUUUCUCUCCUGUUGUCUAAAGUACGACUAGACUUCCUGGUCUGGCCACAUAACUGCUGCACCGUGUUAUUGUCUGCUGUCCAGGCACUCAGGAAAAGGUUUUGUCUAAAUUUCUAGCCCCAGCCUUCCUAGGCAUGGUCUACUCUGCAAUGCAUUCUGAGCUGUAGUGCGGCAUUGUUAGGGAGCUUAACAGUCUAACGGCGAGGUAAGAAGGACAAGGGAAUCACUUGCCUUUCGCUUGCCUUCAGCUGCACCUUCUGAAGAUGUAUAUCGAUCCUUUCCUACCUCAGCAAACUGUCCUGAGGAGCAACUGUCAAGCGCUAAUGAUAGGACCUAGCAUAGAGGGUGCUCCACACAGCUACCUAGAGUUGGUGUUCACAGAAAUGCUGUCAAGGUAAACUUGGUGGCAUAGAACACAGCUCAAGUUGUUCUUUAAAAUAAAAGGAGUUUAAAAGUUCAAGAUAAUAUUUUCUUACUUCAAGGGGAAAAAAAAAUCACAAAACAAGUCAUGAUAAAAUACCACGGGAGAUCCCUAAUCUAACUCCUAAAUCUAAGUAUAAUAUUUCCAGGUUAUUCUGUAAGAUUUUUUAUUUUGUUUUUAAGAUGUGUUUUUGUCUAAGUUAUGUUAUGUCAAGGGAUCUAUGUAUAAUAUUAUUUCUCUAGAGAAUAUCAAAUACAAAAUAAAACACUGUAUGUUGUAUUCAAAUGUAAUAUAUAUAUAUAAGGAUUAUACUAGCAGGACAAAAAUCAAACCUUGUUUAAAAUUCUUAAAAAUUAUAAAAAUGUUAUACACCAAUGUAUAUGCACCAGACAUGAUUUCGUCAGCUUGUUGCAUGUGUAGCAGAUAAAAAAACUGUUAGGUAAUAUCUGUGUCCUAAGCGGGACAAUGUAUAAAGGGUGAGGUGCCUAUACGUAUGAUUUUUCACUAAAAUUCUGUAUUAGGAAAACAUGGAGGAAGGUUUAUUGCCAGUUACUCUGGUCACUCAGCCAGCCUUUGUAUUGAUUUCUAACUUGGUGUACGUUAAAAAAUUAUCAUAAAAGGAAACUGGCCUCAAGGUAAAAACUUACUAAAUUCAACUACUUUUUUUUUUUUUUUUUUUUUUUUUUUUUUGCCCAUAAAGAUAUUACUGAAUGCUUUGGUGCUACUUAAGUUUAUAUGAAAAGUACCCACAUUAAUAAAAAAAAAAUAUAUUAAACUGUA